GGUACCUUCUACAGAGCAAAGUUGACCACUUUUGUGUUACCACUGUUUGCACUCAUCAGUCAUCACUUGUCAUGUGAAGGUUUUCCCCCUCUGAUUUUAAGGUCAUAUAUAUCAGCAAGAGAGUAGCAUCAUUUCUAUUCUUUCCUUAAUUUGUUCCUUGGUGACUGAAUCAAAUUAUCUUCUUGCAUAUACCUUUCCGUUAUAUAACCAUUUAUUCAGCUAAACUUGGCUUUAUCUUGAAUUUCUCGAAUUGCACAUCUCUUAUGUGUUCUGGAUCCCACAAAAAAACGCCGACUUUGAUACAAAAAAUGGGUAUCUCAAGUCUCCCACCUCCAUCAGAAGGAGUGUUAUGUGUACUCUUGGUAAACACAGCUUUUUCUAUAUCUAUAGUUAAAGGCAUAAUCCGAUCAAUCCUUCACAUUGUCGGUGUUCAUCUCUCGUCCUCAUCUUCAUUCUCAGAUUCUGUUGAAAAUCCCUCAGUAUCUUUUGACUUCGGCCUUAAUACUUGUGAUAGUUACAUUGAGGAGUUCCGGAGUAGGACCCCAGCAAUUCGGUUUGAUACUGUAUGUAGCUGCAAGCGGCCUGAGCAUGACUGUUCAGUUUGCCUGAGUCGGUUUGAGCCUGAAUCAGAGAUUAAACGCUUGUCCUGUGGCCAUCUCUUUCACAAGGUGUGCCUGGAAAAGUGGUUGAAUUAUUGGAAUUUUACAUGCCCUCUUUGCAGGACUCCUCUGCUGCCUGAAGAGGAGGCUUCCUGCUUAUUGUAAGAAUGUCAAAAGGAUGCGGAGUUGAGGAAAUUUACAUGUACAGCAUAUUUAUGGGGCAUGUAUCUAAAGGAAUGGUAUCAGCAUGGGAUUAGUGUUAGGCCAGUGUUGUUACCCGCAAGUUUACCUUGAUGUGGUGAUGUGUUACUGAAUAUACAUAUUGUCAGGGUUUCUGAUGUUAUAUGCAAUCUUCUGUCUUGAGGUUCAUGGAGAUUUUGUCUUCUUUCCUGCUUUACUCUUUCGUGCAAUGGGUUGGAUUGAAAAGCAAACUAGAUAAUUACCGGAACUAAAAUCUGCUGACAGGAUUCUGGCUUGUGAUGCACUUGCUGUUCUAGUGUAAUAUGUUGAUGUCAGGCUUCUGAUGUUUUUUAUGGCAUCUAUCUGGCUUCUGAUUUUUUUAUGGUAUCUAUCUGGCUUCUAUCUCAGACCAUGUUUCAAGUUUGUGACAGGUUUCGUUUCUUUUUGCCACUCAUUUGUGGACAUCCAACAUUCAUGCCCAAUUAUGGGCAAUGUGGAUUGGGAUGAGAGAGUCUGAAGAGAUUUUAAUCCACAACAUCCACCUGGUGUUACUGAGAUUUUCGUAUUACUUUACAGCUCUUCUCCAAUGGGAGAAGAAAGAAACUGAAAUCUUAACUUGGUUUA